UCAUAUGAUAUAUUUGUUUAUCUCAUUGUGCAAAAAUUUUUAAGAAUUUAAAAUAACGCAAACAGAUCUUGACAUGUCAAAUAACAAACUGUUGAAGAUCCUGCUGCUAGAAAAUUGGCUAGAUUAUUAGUAACAAAUUAAAAAAAAAAAGAUAAAAGAUAGACUGAAUACGAAAUACGACGACCGAUGUAAUCGUAUAAAAAAUUUGCUUUAUCAUUGUUUAUCACGUUGAUCAACGUUGAUAUAAGACUAUAAGAGUACUACGUACAAAUGGCUUCAACGAAAAUCGAAUUCGCGGUACAUAUGACAUGCGAGAAAUGCGUUAAUGCAAUUUCCAAGAGUAUAGCAGAUCUGAAGGAUAUCCGGAAUGUUGAUAUAUCGUUAGAACGUGGCACUGUCAUCCUUGAAACAAACCUACCUUACUCCAUUAUACAGGAAAGAAUCGAAAGAACAGGAAGGCAGGCAGUAUUGAAGGGAUACGGAGAUGGAUCAAGUGCUGUAGUGAUGUUGGGUGGAAAUUCAGGAUACAGCAUAGGUAAUCUGAUCAGAGGGGUUAUAAGAUUUGCAGAAACUUCAGAGGGAUGUAUCAUAGAUGGUACAAUUGAUGGUUUGACUCCUGGUGAACACGGUAUGCAUGUACAUGAAUGCGGUAAUAUAUCUAAUGGCUGUGAAAGUGUAGGCGUACACUUUAAUCCAAAUAAUUCACCACACGGUAGCCCUGAAGAUGAUUUAUCCAAGAGGCAUGUCGGUGAUCUUGGCAAUGUCUUAGCUGACACUUCUGGCAGAGCUGCUUUUCGGAAGAUAGACAAAUUUCUUAAGAUACCCGACAUCAUUGGCAGAUCUCUUAUUAUUACUAAGGAUCCAGAUGAUCUUGGAAGAGGUAAUAAUCCAGAGUCCAAGAUAAAUGGAAAUAGCGGAGCUAGAUUAGCUUGCGGAAUUGUAGCCAGAUCAUCCAGAUUGUUUCAAAAUACGAAGAAAAUCUGCGCAUGCGACGGCCUCACCAUAUGGGACGAGAGAGAUCGGGCGCUCGCGAAUAACCAUGGUACAAAAAGUAUAGAAUCAAAUGAGAAAAUAUGCACAUUAAUUUGAAAGUCUGAAAUUGAUUUAGCUACAACGUUUAUGCGA